AUCAAUUGGAAAACCCUACAAUCCACAAGUCUUGUCAUUUGCCGCGUCGCAGUAGUAGAAGAAAGUCAGAAACCAACAAAUGCGUAUUUGAUUUUUGAUUUUUCUAAAGCAAUCCUUAACCAAUACGGCAUCGUUUUCUUCUUAAACCACGCAACUCCUCCAUCACAAUUAGUCAAAGUAAUCGAGUCCAGAAGGACCCGGCCCAAAAAGAAACCUAGACGACGGAAACAGAUAGCCUAUGCCGUGGAAGGCCGCCGCCGCCGCCGCCUCUCCGGCGGAAUCCUCCGUCCCCUACACCGCCAUCCCCGCCGUCUACCCUCAGAACGUGAUCGUCCUCCCUUACUACCGCCCUCACCGACCAAGCCCAACCCUCCUCUUCCUCCGCCGCUGCUCCGCCUUCACCGCCGUCGUCCUCCUCCUCUCCGCCGCCCUCUUCUUCCUCUACCCUUCCGACCCGGAAAUCACGGUCGUCCGGGUCGGGCUCAACCACAUCCAAGUCCACUCCUCGCCGAAGCUCACGCUCGACGUCUCGUUAUCCCUCACCGUCAAGGUCCGGAACCCAGAUUUCUUCUCCCUCGACUACGAUUACCUCUCCGUCUCGAUCGGGUACAGAGGGCGGCAGCUCGGCGUCGUGAGGUCGAUCGGUGGCAUCGUGAAGGCCAGGGGUUCGUCGUACGUUGACGCUGCGCUUAAUUUGAACGGGCUCGAGUUCUUCUUGGAUGCCUUCUACUUGCUCGAGGAUUUGGCUAAGGGAGUCGUCUCUUUCGAUACGACGACCACGGUCAGCGGCGAUCUUGGGCUCUUGUUCUUCGAGAUCCCCAUCGAGGGGAAAGUAUCCUGUGAUGUUUAUCUGAGUACAAGCAACCAGACUGUUGUGCGGCAAAAUUGCUACCCUGUGUGACCUCAGAAGCUUGGAAUCAGACAGCACAACGCUCGUUAAACCCCCCAAGUAUAUAUGGUGUAAUGUUCGUGAAUCCUGAUCCCUGUAUCGCGUAUUGGAUAGAAGAGCGAAAUCCGGCUUCUCCUUCAGCCAGAGGCUUCACGUAUUGUGCAGGUGUGUUAUUAGAGACUUUUCAAGUCGUAAAUAAGCUUUGUGUUCACUACCUGCUGACAACCAACUUCGUCGGAUUGGAAGCUAACUGAUGCGUAUUACAUGAACACAUUAUCCUGUACAUAUACUGAUUUACUCAUAGCUGAUCCCAUCAGCGAAGUUUGUUACUUUGGGUAAGUAGCAGAAUUGUUGUCCUCCUUUCUGAAGGAAUCACGGGUUACAAUUUUUGUCGACGAUUCUCUUGGUUAGAGAGGUAUUUGGUUAGAAGUCUUCAGUGUUGUAGAUUGCCGAUUGAGGCCUUUUUGGCAACAUCACAUGCUUCAUGGUUCUUCGCCGGAAUGAUUUUUUUUUUUUUCCUCCUCACGGGAUCAGAAUGAGUCCUUUUUUCACAAAGGAGAAGCUAGAAAGCAAGAUUACAUCAAUUUGAAGUGGGGGUACAGCACUCCACUUUGUUUGGAUCGUUGGAAAAUGGUUUCAUGAAUUAUUGCAGUAUCGGAAUAAAGUGUAAUAUGGCACCAACUCUGUUUCUGAUCCUAAUUUUGUGACAUUGGUGACCAGAAUAUGGCAUCCAUUCAUAAAGAAUGCCGGCGAUUUAACUUGGCAACAUGCAAAUUCUUUCUAUUCCCUGCAUUUGGAACCUUAUUCCUUCCUUCUUAAAAAGUCCCCUUUAGCUAAAGUCAUCUCCAUUGCCAAUCAACCCUCAGAACUUCCUUCGAAUCGAGAAAAUUCAUUGGACCUUACAGGCUAAGUAAUUAUCGACAGAGAGAUGACAAUGAAUCGUUAAGAGCAAUCGGCCGGCCUCAGAACAGAGCUUUGCCUUCCUUCAUCCCCUGCCACUUCCAUUCAAGCUUCAACUUGCAUAUUGGUUUCUAAUUACAGAGAGUUUUCUUGUUCUGUGAUACAGGGCAGAGCAGAGAGGAGAGAAAAUAACAGCAGAUAAAAUGGACUCUGUUUUUCACCAUUCAAAUACAAAACCCUAUCUUGCUCAAUUUCUCUCUUCCCCCCCCACAUCUUCCCGUUUCUUCGCUCAUCAUCUGCAUGCUUCUGCAGUGGUAGUAGCCACCAUUGAUCUGCUGGCCGCCGCGCCGGCGGCAGCGCCCCAUACAUAACCAGCUCGAUGGUACCUGCACCGGAACGACCCCGGGUGCGUCGUCGGCGAACAAACGCACCACCUCAUCCCACCGCCGCCGUCCCCGCCGGUGACAACUCUCCCUGCCGCCUCCCCUGCAUCCUCUGCCACACGACCAUCAAUCCCCUCCACCACAUGAUGGCAACGACGGCCGCCGCCGCGAGGAGGAACAACUUGGAGACACAUUUUCCAAACUUCUGAUCUCUCCUAUCCUUGAGGAAUUGAAAGAAAGAAGAAAGAAAAAACAUCAGAGGUUUUAAAAGAGAAGAGGGGGGAAAAGAAUCUCUCUGCCCGACUUGAAGUGACCCAGAGAAAUUGGGGGUUGUUUAUGCAAAGAAGUAAAGAAAAGCAGAGAGCUUUUUAAAGAAAGCAGAGGGGCCAACCCAAGUUCUACCCGAAUCCACGAAAGAGGAAGAAAAGGUGGGAAGGAAGCUUUUUGAUCGCUGCUAAUAAUUAUAUUCCUUCAUGGGGGAAAAAAAAGGGUUAUGCUUUUUUUC